UUCUAUGACAUAAUAUAUUGAAAAUCCUUUAAAAGGUCCAAUUAGGGUUAGUUCAUUCCUCUGUUCUUUUCAACCCCGAUCGCUAUUCAAUCCCACUUUUGAACCCUCAAAAACUAGGGUCUAAGAAAUGGCGAAAUUUAACGUUGUACAGAAGAAGCGGCGAGCGUUCAUUGCCAAUGAGAAGAGGAGGGUUCACGGGGACCCCGCGUCGGGGAAGCUGCACCAGAGAAUUCAACCUAAAUCCAUCUCCGGCAAGCGCCAGCGCAAGCUGCUUAAGAAAUGGCGCAGGGAGCAGAAGGAGGCAGUGGAAAAGGGCUUAAUUACGAUGCAAGAUGUUGAGAUGGCUUCUGCUGAUGAGACUGCAGAAGAUGCUAAAAAGACUCCUGUUAAAUUCCCGAUGAAGAAGAGUGCUAGACUAAGAUUGAAGAAGAAAGGGAAGAACACAAAAAAAUCUCAAAAACCUGUUGGACAAGCAUCAAAUGACUCCAUGGUGGAGUAAACUACAUGGCGGCCAUACAAACUGGAAGCAUGCUUGCCCAAAAAUCCAAUUAUUAAGAUGCUGAAAUAUGAGAAAGUCCAAUUAUUAAGGUGCGGAAAAAUGAAAAGGACUGAAUAAUAAGAAAACAAAUUGAUUUCAAUGUGGUAUGUAAUAUUUUAUUAUUUAGAUAUGUUUAAUUAUAUUGUUUUAGUUCAAUUGAACAUUAAAAUAAUCACUACGAUACCAUUGAACUUUAAAAUUUGGUAUUCCUCGUAA